AUGGCCAUCAGCAUACCAAAGCGCCUUCUUCCCGCUUUGGACAAAGAGCAUCUUCGUCUCAUUGAUGUAGACUGUGGAGCCAUAGAAAGCAGGAACCAUUACAUUCUUCGUACAAACCUCACUGGGUGUGACACAGUCAGCAGGCACACCGAGAAUUUCGUCUAUUAUAUGAACAAGGUGGAGGAGAUUCCCAUCAAGCCAGAUCAGAUCAUCACACGAGUUCGGGAAGUGGAAAUUCCCUUCAGCUGUUAUUACUCAAACACAGGGGUCAUAUCCGCCGUUGGCCUUGAAGUUAGAAGCAAGAAAAUCAUUUUCUCUAAAAGAGGAUUUGGAAAAUUCGUGUUGGAUAUGAAAGUUUACCCAACUCCUAGUUUUAGUCUUGAGUACAAGAAAAAGGAUUUCCCAAUAGUCGUGCCUCUCAGGAAAUUGUUGUACGUGAAAGUCAGUGUUGAUUCAGAUGACCGCAGGCUGGGUGUCUUGGCAGUAGAUUGCUGGGCCACACCAAACGCUAAUCCUUUAAGUCCUGGAUUGCGAUAUGAAUUCAUCAAAGAUGGGUAAAAAGUUUACCUUGUUUUUUCACAUUAAUUAAGAUUAAAGGUUUGUUUAUUGUGGAAAGGGCCACAGGCUUAUCAAGGUAGAUUACAGGAACCCCACUCAAACAAUUAGAAACAAAUUAUUCAAACAUAAAAAAAGCUCAACUGGCAGGAGGCAACCAGUUGACUCUGAUUAACAAACGUGGCCAAGGAUUUGAACUCGGAGAACAGAGAACAAAUCCAGAGAGUGGAAAGAGCAGGACUCGAUCCCUCGACUGCCGGAUUGCGAGUCCGACCCGCUGACUACUCGGCGACGCUGCCUCCUCUUUUUGUAAUCUUCCUACUUAAUCCGUGGACAACUAGAGCUUGUGUGCAAGCCGUAAGAUUGCAUGAGAAAUAAAUGGUUAAAUAGUGAAAAAUGUACAUUGACUUCAAAAUCCAUAAUAGAAUUUACCUGCUGCAUGCACCUCUUUUCUGGUAAGAAGUAUAAAAUGACUUAUGGCGUCCCUGGUUAAUGAGUUCUUGAAGGCUAAUUUUCACUACCGAUGAAGUCGGAGACGAAAUAGUAAGCAGUAUGACCUUGUGAAAAUCAAAACUCGAAGUCGUGAGCGGAGUUAUAAAUGCAAAAAAAUCGAAAACGUAAGAAUCGGAACUUUUCUAUUUUCUUCCUCUCUGAUUCUAUCGUUAAGGACCUGGCAAAAAACACAUUGUCGGAGUCGCAUUCUGGAUAAACCAAUCACAAGACUAGUUCCCUCUCUUUGUGACUGGUAAAUUUCUUUCGCUUUUGCUUAAGACUCCAACAACCUAUUUCUCCCUAGACCUUUAGCGACAGAGUGGUAUGCGGAAUCAGAACCAUAUCAGUUUCCAGUAGAUCGUAGAGCUCUACGCUUUAUUUAUUACUACUGGUCCUAAUAUAGCCUCCCACGCAGGCGUUUUUAAGGGUCUCGUAUUUCGUCCCUCCCCAAAAACACUUGCGUGGGAGGCUAGCCAGAUACGACUCCAACCAAGAGCUCUUGCUCCGACUUAGUCGCUUGUGAAAACCAACCUCAUUACAUAAUAAUCAUGUUGGUAUUGAUAUCAACAGGUUCUUUUAGGUAAAGAAGAUUUCGUAUGUCAAAGAGGCUCUAAAAUAACGAAUCCCAAAUCAACGGAGGCAAAUUAGCUGGCUAUUUACAAGCGUGGCUGAAGAUUUGAAGUCGGAACCACGGUGAAAAAAUCCAGUUAGCAGUCAGGGCUUGAUGAGGGGGGCGGGGAGGGAGAAGGCGGGUGAGGGGAGUCCGAAUUUCAGAAAGCCCAACGCUCUAAUCGCUCUGCCAUGCUUGCUCCACCCAUCUGUUUCCUUUAUAAAUACAAUUCAAAAUAUUAAAUGAUUAUUUCAUUCUGCAAAGACAAAACGGGCAGAUAGGUUUUUAUUUUAAAGAGGGAAAGUAACUCAAAAGAUUCAAGACUUCUUUUCUUCAUGUCUGUCUCUUUUAGAUGCCCAGUAGAUGAUACCGUGAUGGACAUUGCAACAGCAGACAAGCGGAUGCAAAAAUUCAAACUUGAAGCCUUCAGUUUCAUAGGUGACCAUCCGUUCGUGUACAUGCAUUGCAAGGUCUUGAUCUGUAACGCAACAGAUCCCAACUCACGUUGUGCGCAGGGCUGCGUUAAUCGAGCAAAGAGGUCCCUAUUGACUCAAGGAUCCAAGAACGAGGAGGUACACUUGUCUCAGGGACCAUUCAUGCGUGGAGAUGAUGAAAAAGAAACUAAACUGGAGGAAACAGAGAAAGACAUGCGUGAUGUGGAAAAAAGUGGUAAGUUC